CCUUUAACCCCUCUCCCCAUUACUCUUCCUCUACAAGCCCCCAUUUUUUCCGUAAUAUUACCUGACUACACUGUCAUACUAUUACUGAUACUAAAUUGAAUUUUCUGCUGAUGACCGGCAAACCUGUAGGCCUGUUAGGUCGUGAGAGAACAGAUUCGGACCAGAUUUUCUAUGCAUCAAAAGCUGCGAAUGCAGUUUCGAAGAUGCAGUCUUUUUGUUCAUCUGCAAUUUCGGUUGGUUGCUCGAGUUGGUGGGCCAUGAAGUAUCUUUGGAUCCUUUUAGUAUUCAAGAGAAGGUUCUUAUAUCCCAAUUUGGCUAGGCUUUUCCAAUGGCAAUUUCUUCUUUAGCUGUUAGGGUUCAAUGUUGGAUGGUUUAAGCUGGUCUGGCAUAAUUUCUUGUUGAGAAAAAUGACAUUGUGGUAUUCAUUUAGAUUUAGGAGUAGAUUAUUGGAAGUAAUCUGUUGGCAUUGAUUUGGUAUUUUAUUGUGAUUGUAGAGAGAAUUCAUCUUCUAAUACUUUUAAUCAGAUUUUGGGUACAUUAUAUAUCUAAUACAGUGAGUUCAGGUUUUGGUGUGAUGAAGGUGAAAGUUGGCAUAUGGUGGUGAAACCAUGAUGAAAGUACAUGGCUCUUAGUGAAGUUUAGGCUUUCUAACCAAAAAGACAUAUAAUCUCUUUUAUCCCUGACUCAGAGAAAAAAGAAAAAGAAAAAAGAAGCAAAAAUGAAUGAAACAGCCUGGAAGAUUCAUCUUUGUUUUAAGCAAGGAACAUUUGAUCAUUUGAAGACCAGCUUUUGCAGAUAAAACUUUGUUUACAGCUGCUGCCUUGGCCAAUCUUACUCUUUUCUACUCUUUGAUGGUCUAUUAGAAUCAAUCGCUGGUACGAUAGAUAGAUUUCCUUCUCUACAAAGCAAAGAAUUGGAAGUACUGAAACUUGGAUACUUAUAUCAACCAGGGCAAUUGUAAAGCGACUUUAUCAUCUGCGAUGGCAGGAGCAAAUUGGGCUGAGCAAGUUAACAUCAAGCUCAACAAAAUGAAGGUAGCUAAUAAUUCCCAGGAGAUGGAGGACUGGAAGAAGCAGUCAAUCUACAAACUUACUACCAGCAUCACAGACCUAAACAAUAAACCCUACAUCCCUCAAGCAGUCUCUUUUGGCCCUUACCAUCACGGAAAAGCUCAUCUGCUGCCAAUGGAGGAUCACAAGGAACGAGCUCUGCUUCAUUUUCUAAAGAGGCCAAAUAAACCUCUAGAAUUGUUGAUUGAUUCCUUGGCAGAAGUGGUGAAGGAUUUAAAAUCCUCAUAUGCUAUGCUUCCAAAAGAGUGGCAAGACGACAACAAAUUCAUACAACUGAUGAUCCUUGAUGGCUGUUUCAUGCUCGAAAUCUUGCAUAGUUAUGAACAGAAACCUGAAGACUAUGAUAACAGUGACCCAAUCUUCAGCAGGCAUGGGAAGAUUCAUAUGAUCCCUCAUAUGAAGCGUGAUAUGUUGAUGCUCGAAAAUCAGUUGCCAAUGCUGGCUCUUGAAAGGCUCUUAGCUUGCAAGACUGAUCAAAAGGAUGAUGAGCAUCUCAACAAGCUCAUACUGAAGUUAUUCUAUCCCAAUACAAUGGUGGCGCCAACCCUGGGUAAAUGCCUUCAUGUUCUGGAUGUAUAUAGGAAGAGUAUACUUCAGGGACCACAAUAUCAGGGAGGUAGUACAGGAAGCAGUGAUGGUGUUAUUAUCCCAUCUGCAACAGAGCUUAAUGAAGCCGGUAUCCGGUUCAAGAAAAGUAAAACUGCAAGCCUUGAAGACAUUAAGUUCAAUCGUGGAACCCUUAAACUCCCUUCUAUAGUUGUGGACGAUGCCACUGAAUCGAUGUUCUUGAAUCUGAUAGCCUUUGAGCAGUACCACGUUGGGGCAGGCAACCAGGUCACAUCCUAUAUCUUCUUCAUGGAUAAUAUCAUCGACUCCGAAAAAGAUGUGGCGCUCCUAGAAUCAAGAGAGAUCAUACAGAAUGCCUUGGGAAGUGACAAAGCUGUUGCUGAACUGUUCAACUCACUCUCUAAAGACACAGCACUGGACCCAGAUAGCAACCUAAGUGAUGUACAAAACAAGGUCCAACGUUACUACAAUAAGCCCUGGAAUGAGUGGAAAGCCAAUCUCAUUCGUACAUAUUUCAGAAAUCCUUGGGCUCUUGUAUCCCUUGUAGCUGCCGUCUUCCUUUUUGCCCUCACCAUAGUCCAGACUGUCUAUACUGUAUAUCCUUAUUACCAAAAUGACUCUCCUCCCCCACCUCCAGCCGUUCCUCCUCCUCCACCUCCAGCUGUUCCUCCUCCUCCACCACCAGUUUCCAGAAGAGGUGGUUACCAUCAAUAUCAUCACAUAUAGGCAGCCAGAGUGCACUUUAAAUGUGUUGCAUUACAUGUUUUUCGCAUUUUACUGGAUCAUGAUACCUUGAUUUCCUAAGAUGAGUUGCAACCAUAGGGAAAAUUUGCUGAUAAUAAGUUCUGUCUAUAUCAUGAGAACAUGAAAUGUAAUAAAAUGGAUGAUUGUUGCAGGUA